AUGCAUACCUUCAAGAUAUUCUCAGGCUUGAGCGCUACUCUCUCCGACCUCCUCAACUCGUUGUCGAGCUAUGCGACAUCUCGACUCACUCGGCUGCUCCUGUCCAUUCUUUCCUGCGGACCCAUUCCACGGCAUAUCGCAAUUGUAAUGGAUGGCAACCGGCGGUAUGCUCGAGAAAGAGGCCUGAGGGUGGGUCGGGGUCAUGAAGCCGGGUUUGAAAGCCUAAAAGGGAUCCUGGAACAAUGCCUUCGUCUAAACAUACGUUGCGUAUCAGUAUACGCCUUCAGCAUAGAAAACUUUACCCGGCCACAAGAAGAGAUAGACGAUAUAAUGCAUCUCGCCAAGACAAAUCUCAAGCGGCUCUCAGAAGAAGGCGAACUUCUACAUCGCUAUGACGUCCGCGUCAAUGUGCUAGGUCGGAGAUCGCUUCUACCACUAGAAAUCCAGCAAUCUAUGCAAGAAUUGGAGGAAUCUACAUCAUCACACAGAUCGUCAAUACUCAAUGUAUGUUGCCCGUACACUUCGAGAGACGAGGUCACCACCGCGAUCCGGUCGGCCGUUUCAGACGCUCGUGCAGGGCUCAUCCAGACCGAUGAGAUCACGUCGGACGUCUUGUUCAGUAACCUUUCCACACAAAAGUCCGGAUCUCCUCCAUUGGACAUCUUGAUCCGGACCAGCGACGUCAAACGUUUGAGCGAUUUCAUGAUGUGGCAGUGCUCAUCGAAUACUUCGCUGGAAUUCGUAAAGACCUUCUGGCCAGAGUUCGGGAUCAGGGAUAUGGUUCCAAUUCUAUUGGCUUAUCAACGCAAGGUCGUCCUUAGUCGUAUAGAUUGA